AUCAUCCCGCAGUCGCUUCGUCCCGCUGACCCGGAACGCGUACAGAGCUAUAAAUACAACGGAGCGCACGUGCGCGAGCGUGGAGUCGCGAGAACAGUCGCUUUAAGAAUAUUUCAUGCGCAAAACUCACGUUAUUACGAAAAUGAUCUGCGGCGAUGACACAACAUAACGGUGGAUUAGCAAUAUGCGAUACAGGAAAAGAGCCGAGGGCACCGGCACGAACGCAAGCAAUGCAAUUUUGGCAAGGCGGAGGCGAAUACGAAGCGUGUGCAGCCGUUGUACUCGACUGCGUUUUUGCUCGGCUGCCGGCACAAGAACUGUGGCGCUGCGGAGGCGUCUGUCGUGCCUGGCGCCGCGCCGCCUGCGACUCCUCUCUGUGGCGACACUUGUUGGUACCGAAUGCGACGCCGCACACGUUGCGCGCACUCGAAGCUGCACAGAGCGACGAAGAGCAAGAGGGUGAGGUAUGGUCGUGGCGGAAGGAGUACGCUUUAGAGACUGCACGCUGGGAGCGAUGCGGACGGCUUCAGGCCCGCGGUGCGAGUUCGGUGCCGCUGCUGUGCGCGGCGCUGCGCGACGACGAUAGAUAUCUCGCCCUAGUCGACGAGGACGCACACGUUACGAUCUGGGAGCAUUUACGCUCCAAAAUAAAUACAAGCAUCGAAUCGGAAUGGAUGGUCCGAUGGAACGGCGUGGUGAGUCCCGAGUGGCGCGGAGUUGCGCUCGCGCAGUGGGCGCCGCGCUCCACGCGCCUACUGCUCGCCGGCCGGCUGACGCUCGUCGACCGGUAUGAAAUGGUCGUUGUUCACUUUGACGAAGAGUGGUGCAGCCGAAUAGUGUGCCGAAGUGCGAGCGGGCCGGGGGGCGCGGGGUGCUGGGUGGAUGAUGAUGCCUUCCUGUCUUUGCGCUUACGACUUUUGGCUCCAGGACGAGCGUGUACCACGUUGUGGCUCAACGCAGCCACGCAGGAAAUUUAUUCAGAAUACGCGGGAGUGACGUCACCACUGCUACGCAUUUAUAACGAAGCCGCGGCGCACAUUUCACAUAUCCUGGUAGCAGAAGUUCCUAGUGAAGAAAUCGCGUACUUUGAGACUGAAACUAACGACAGAACCGAUCAAGCGAGCAGCGAACCACGUGCGUCUUAUUAUUGCGCGCUCCGACCGCGAAAAUUCACGGAAGCUAAGAACAAGCAACGAAUUCUGAUAGCAGCGGGCGGCGUUGCAGGCGGUGCUCGUGGAAAAGCGCAGGCCUUGUUGAUGUGGCCGCUGCCUUCUCUGGAGAUGCCCAUGUUGUGGGUCGGUGACCACCUUGCGCAGCGCGUGCAGCAACACCGCAACCGCGCACGCGCGCCGGAGCCACAGUCUGAUGAGGAACCGGACGAAGACACCUUGCGUGCUCUCUGCAGCCCGCCCGCGACAUCUUGUUGUCUACACGCACAAAUCUUUGGAAUAGUCUUACAUCCUAGGGGAGGAUGCGUAUGGGCAACAACUGAAGCUGGUGUAUGGUGCGUGUCGCUGCCGGCCCUGAAGCCAGUGUUGUGGCUGCCGCGAGCUGCCGCUGCACCCAGCGUGACCGAACUACCGCCGCACUACCUUUUUCCCUGUGUCGAUGAUGAAUAUUUUAUUACUCCACCAGGUUACGGUUCAGGUCGCGUAAGCUUGUGGACCGUUCGCAGUGGCCGCUGCAGCACGCAGCUGCAACAUGACGCCCCUGCACUUGCCGUAUUUCUGCUAAAGCACGUACGCUCAGCUCCCGGCUCGCGUCGUAUACUCGUUCUCGCAGCCGAUGCACUUCAUGUGUGGCGGAGCCUGGUCGACUGAGUCAAGAUUCAAACAUCGGCACCGUGUUCAAGACCAGCUCGUAUGGCAAAGUAAGCUUCUAUAGCACGAAGCUUAACUAGCGACAAGGAAACAGAUAGAGCGCGACGUGGAUCGUGCACUCCCAUUAAAAUACAAAAAUGCGCACCGUGUGUACCCAAGCCGCGUCCGGCGUGCCGCGAGCCCUCUGCGGCGUGCCCCCGUGGCCUGCGCCUCAUUUGUUACCCUCCGUCCGCCGGAAAGCGUCCACCGUGCGAUUUACCGAGCCCUCCUCCUCCAUUAUCCUGCGAACGUAAUAGAAAUCAGGUGCAGUCAAUGAAACAUACUGAAGUACAGAAUAGUGACGAACACAAAAAUUUCUGUGGGGCUCAGCUGGACCGAGUAGCGAUGCGGUUGGCAGCUGCUGAGCGCUUGCGUCGUUUGGACUAUGAGCGUGAAGUAGCAGAGCAAACUCCGCCCCCAGCUCCAGUUCCUGCACCCUAUCACCUUACGAGCGAACACGAGUGUUUGAGAGCGAUAGAUGGCCGCGAUUAUACAGUAUCAAAAUCACGUAUUAACACUGACGAGUCCACACGAAAUUCCACGCCUCCUUGUCCAGUGAAACUAAAGCCUGUCGACAAGUGUGAAAUAAGCCGUGGUCACCGUAUCGAUCCUUGUGAACACCAUCCACGCAUUUUUCUCGAAAUAGAUCGUAGUGCAUCCAACAAAAGCCCUAAAAAAAUAUCUUACAAUGCAGUCAAACAAAACGAUGAGUCUAAAGCUGCAGGCGCCUCAUCUCCGAAACAAAUGUCAACUACAGGACGUUUUACAACACGUUUACUUAAGAGCCUAAAACGUAAUGAAAAUACUGUUUGCCCGCGACAAGCAUGUAAGUCAUCAUCUACUGAAAAAAGCUGGUGUGUGAAUUUAUCUCCUCCAAAGUCCGUUCCAGUAAGCUGUAGAGAGCAAUCACUUCUUGAACGCCUUCGUCAAAAGCCAGGAAGUGUGCCUGGUAAACAAUGUAACCCGCAGCGUCAAUUGCAUUCACAAAUAUGUAAUGAACCUACACCUAAAUCAAAUAAAGGCUUAGAAGAAAAGACAAAACAAGAUAGACUUACAAGUGUGUUGCGUGAAAGGAUGCAUUUAAAAGAAGCAGGACGGGGAAGAGUGGUUACAACAGAUCAAAAAUCAAACAAAAACCUAAAUAUUGGUUCUGGUGGCCUGGAACUGAAAGUUCCACCCAAUUCCGAGGCCGUUCGAGUUCGUGUGUCACUUGAUUUUGAAACCGUAGAUAUUGCUACAGGUAAAAGAAACCCUGCAGAAUUGAAGAAUUUCAAUGGUCAUGCUAUCUCUACUUGUCAUAGUGUUGUAGGAUCUGAUUCCUGGUUAUCAAUAAAAAACCUUCAAAAAAAAUUUUCAGGCUAUCGUAAAAAUGAUGUUUCAACAGAAAAUAAAAGUCAUGGGAACUAUGGGACAUGUCAACGUCCAAGUGAUGAAAAUACAUCCAUUUCAAAAAAGAGACCCGAAUGUACUUUGCCUCCGAGGAGUCAAAAACCAGUCGUACAUUCCCCUCACUCAAACUCAAACACACCGCCUUUACAACGACCUUGUUCUCAGUCACCUUGCACCCCAUACCCGAAGCAAACCACGUCGCAAUACAUCUCGCAAAACAUUCUAACGACUUACUAGUUGAUCAAUACAUUACAACCAUGUGAGUAUUAUGUUUCAAUAUGAGCACAAUUAUAUUAUUAUACUUUGUGUAAAUUCUUAAAUUUUAUAGUAUUAAAUGUUUCAAAAUGAA